AUGGAGCUUUCUGCUCAGUCCAGCCGGGUACGCUCCGCAGCGGGUCUUUCUGCGCCCCCGUCUCUCGGCACCUCGGCAACCCGCCGUGCCGAGAGCGCGCCGAAAUCCCCCAGCGCGAGCGCGAGCAUCGCCGAAGUCGAGGUUGACAGCAAGCACUCCGACAGACCCGGCCGCAAGCCCUCGUUCGUCAGCGAGCAUGCUGCUGCGGACGACUGGAGUCCCGCAAAUCACGGCUUCUUCUCGUCCGCCCUCGCGGCUCGACGGCGCGAAUACCUCAUCAUCAUCGGCCGCGCCACGGUGCUCAUCAUUCUGCUCAUGUGGUCGACCCUUCCUGUUUACUGGGGCGCCCUCUCCAACUCGUCCAAGCUCGUCGGAAAUCUUGAGGCCUGGUUCAUCGACCGCGACGGCGAUCGCAUCGGCCAGGGCAUGAGUGACGCCGUUAGCAGCUUCGCUUCCCCAGGCCCGAAACUCAACUGGAAGUUCAAGACCCCGGACGAGGUCGGCACCGAUCUUGAUGUCGUCAACGCAGUUUUGGACGAAAAGGUGUGGGUGGUCAUCGUCGUCCAGCCAAAUGCGACCAUACACCUAUCCCGUGCUCGCGCUGUCGGCAGCACAACCUAUGACCCGAGCAAGGCAAUUCGCGUCUAUUACAACCAGGCGCGCCAGGAGAUCGCCACGGGCAAUUUCAUCGUCCCGCUCACGACCCAGAUACUUCAAGCCACGACUGUCGCCUAUGCCACCGGCUCUGCACAGCGAUAUUUUGCUCAAGUCAACUCCAACGGCGAGCCCAACGCGACGGCGCUCCAGCUCAUUGCUAACGCUCCGCAAACGAUCACUCCCGGCAUCAGCUGGACCAUGAUCAACUUACGACCUUAUAAUGCCCCCGCUGCUCAGGCGGCCACUCUCGUCGGCAACAUCUUCUUGGUUAUUUUCUCGUACACCAUGGCAAACUCGACAUGUCGAGCCCUCGUCGAGCCCUACAUGGCUUUCCGGCCUUAUAUACGUCUCCGCCUCGUCAUCCCACUGCUCGCUUACUUCCCUCUAAGCUUGAGCUUUGCGUUGAUGAACCUUGCUUUCGGAUUACCUCUCGGCACCAAAUUCGGAUCGGGCGGCGGCUUCAUCAUCUCGUUCUUCUACAUCUAUCUCGGCAUGUCUGCCCUCGGGCUGUCGAUAGAGGCCAUGAUCACGCUCCUCACCCCCCGUUUCGCCCCGUUCUUCCUCUUCACCCUCAUCCUCUACAAUAUCUCGCCUGUGGUCCUACCCCCCGAACUCCUGCACCCCUUCUUCUCCUACGGCCUCGGCUUUCCCAUCUUCAACCUGUCCCAUGCGCUCCGCACAAUCCUCUUCAACACGAAGGACAACCUCGGGGUCAAUGCUGGUGUCCUCGUCGCGUGGAUCGCGCUCUCCUGCUUCACCAUCACCCUCUUCUCCUGGAUCGUCCGCCGCUGGGAGCGCCGUGUGGAGCUCCGCGCCGUCCGCGCCCUCAACGGCUCCAAGGGCGCCUUCGAUGGCGCGUCCGUGGAAAAGGGCAAGGGCAAGGGGCGCGCGGCGGUGGACGUGCUGGACGAGAAGGCGGGCUCGAAGGCGGGCUCGAAGGCGGCGUCGCUGAAGAGUGCGGCGUCGAAGGGGGUGGAUGGUCCGUCAACGUAG